ACUUUGGUUAAUAAUGUAUAAAUUUGUUGCUAAUUUGGUUGUGGGUAUAAAAUGAAGCUUUGAUGUCUGGAGGCGUCUUAGUUGGCGGUGAAUUGGUGUUUGGUGAUAAGCGUGAUAACAAUUAUAUAAUAGCAAAAUGAAAACCAUUGUGCUCAUCUUCGCAAUCUUGGCUUGCUUCGUGCUGCUGUCAACCGCUGCACCAGCCAAUGAGCCUGGCGUACAAUUUCUGAAAUACAGCAAUGAUCAGGAGCUCGAGGAACUACAAAGACAAAUUAUCGCUCAAUAUGAUCACCUUGGCGGGACAUCACAAUUUCAUCAAAUUCAAAGCGCAAGCGUUGUCGAUCCAGCCACUUUGAGAAUUAAUAUCUAAAAUGUGAAAUGAUGCCUGUGUGUUUAUUUUUACUGUUGUUGCAUUUGAAAAUCAAUAAAAACUGUUACGUUUAUAAAUAAAAA